UGAUAAAACUAGGCAAUCCAUAGACGGCUUGGAUUUUCUCUCUCUAUCUCCUCCGUUACACAGUCAACGCUGACGGACGGCGACGACCGGUCCCCUUGGCUUCCCCCCCUUGGCUUCGGCUUUCUCUCCCGGAAAAACCCUAAAAGCCCAUCUCCUCAAUUCCCAUUAUUUUGAUCUUCAAUUUCGUAUCCAAUCCAGCGAACCCAUUCGUUCAAAUCCUACCGAUCUUGUGUGCCAUCUCAACCCUACCCACCGGAUUCAUCAUCCCAAAAUUCCUAAUUUAUAACCUAUUUUUUUUCAUUGGAACAUGUCUUCGGAGAUAGAGGUCGUGGAGGAGGUUCAAUCGCGGGAUCACGAACCUUCGCAGACUGCUGCUUCUGCUUCUGCUUCUGCUUCUGCUUCCACUGCCAAUGGGGAGGGCGACGAAAGCUUGCGGAACGAUGUUUACACGGCUGCGGCUUACGGCGAUUUGGAGAAGCUGCAGAGAUUGGUGGAGUGCGAGGGUUGCUCGGUUUCUGAGCCCGAUGGCCUUGGCUACUAUGCACUUCAGUGGGCUGCUCUUAAUAAUCGCACUGCCGCUGCUCGUUACAUCAUUGAGCAUGGAGGUGACGUGAAUGCAGCGGAUCAUACUGCACAGACAGCCUUACAUUGGAGUGCUGUUCGUGGAGCCAUCCAGGUUGCUGAGGUUUUACUCCAAGAGGGAGCUAUGGUCAAUGCUGCUGAUAUGUAUGGCUAUCAGACGACCCAUGUUGCAGCUCAAUAUGGUCAGACGGCUUUUCUCUAUCAUAUUGUUUCAAAAUGGAAUGCGGACCCUGACGUUCCAGACAAUGAUGGGAGAAGCCCUUUACACUGGGCCGCGUAUAAAGGUUUUGCUGAUUGUAUACGACUUCUCUUGUUUUUGGAUGCAUAUCGAGGACGCCAAGAUAAGGAAGGUUGCACUCCUCUUCAUUGGGCAGCUAUUAGGGGCAACUUAGAGGCAUGCACUGUAUUAGUACAAGCUGGAAAGAAAGAAGAUCUAGUGGUGACUGAUAAUACUGGCCUUACGCCAGCACAACUUGCUUCUGACAAGAACCACAGACAAGUUGCAUUUUUUCUUGGAAAUGCUAGAAGGCUGCUUGACAAACGUUGUGAUGGAAACAGCCACCUCGGAAAAUUUUCAAAACUGGGACUUGCCCCUGUACUUUGGGGUUUAAUCUUUCUGUUGCUGGUGACAUAUAUUCGUUCUGUCAUUUUAGCAUCAAAUUUGCCAAAGUUAACGGCUGGCUUUGGUUUUAUUGCAUGGAUGGGCGUUUUUCUAGCAACUACAGGUCUGCUCAUGUUUUAUAGAUGUAGCAGCAAAGAUCCAGGUUACAUUAGGACGAACGUGCAUCAUGACCAUGAUCCUCAGAAUAUGAAAGAUGAUGAGCCUUUGUUGAAGAUUGAGAUCAACAACCCGGCUUUGCUGGCUGGGAAUUGGUCUCAGCUCUGUGCUACUUGCAAGAUUGUGAGGCCUCUCCGUGCAAAGCAUUGUUCAACUUGUAAUCGGUGCGUGGAACAAUUCGACCAUCACUGCCCUUGGGUAUCCAAUUGUAUUGGCAAGAAAAACAAAUGGGAUUUCUUUGUAUUCCUCAUUCUAGAAGUUUCAGCAAUGUUGAUCACUGGAGCAGUUACUAUAACAAGAGUCGUAACCGAUCCAUCCUCUCCAUCAUCUUUUGGAGCUUGGAUUAACCAUACUGGUAAUCAUCAUGUUGGUGCUAUAUCGUUUCUCGUUGUUGAUUUCUUCCUCUUCUUUGGUGUGGCAGUCUUAACAAUCGUCCAAGCAUCUCAGAUAUCUCGUAAUAUUACCACAAACGAAAUGGCUAAUGUUAUGCGGUAUAGUUAUCUGCGUAGCUCUGGAGGUCGGUUUAGGAACCCAUAUGAUCAUGGGAUCAGGAAGAACUGUUCAGAUUUUCUGAUUAAGGGAUACAAUGAAGACGUGGAGUAUAUCGAAGGAUCGUCACAUUCUGAGGAGAUGGAAGCAAUGGCUGUGCCGAUGAAUUCGAUCCUGCAAAAUGGGGAUACUCAUGCUCGUCACAGCACUGGAAACAGCCACAUAGCAAUAAAUGUGAAUUCUAAGAAAACAACUAGCCAUCACGCCCAUACUCAUUCUUCAAAUUGUAGUCACAGUAACCAUGGAAAAGCUAAAAAUGAUGGUGCCCCAUUGGGCUUAGGUCUCGGCCUUGGGCGAACGCGCUCAGUAGCAGCCUCAUGAUGCUUAUUAUUGUUUAAGUGAUCCUGGAGUUAGUGCUUUGUAUCAUGUCAAUAUAUUAAACAUUAGAUUCAAAUGUCCAAUUAUGAUUUUUCAUGCUCCUUUCCUCGUGAAAUCUCUGAAACUUAUUGCAGAGUACUUGAUUUCGGAUACGCUGUUAUUUAUACAGGUUUUUGGCACUCGUGAGGUGUAAAAAAUGGAAGGUAUCUGGAAUGGAACUUCUUCUGUGAAGAUCAUGGAACUGGCCGCUUGUAUAUAAAGUGAACAUAAUUUUGGCAAGGCUCCCAUUCUGGUAAUUUAGAUUCCAAGUUCUACUUGUAGAUGCCCUUCCAUAUCUAGGCAUAACCUUUGAAACUGCAGAUUUAUUAUUUGUUUGACAGGAAUUUCCACUGGCAUUUUGAGAAUACCUUGGUUUGUUUUUUUAGAUAUGUUAUUGUAAUAUUUUUCUGUGUAUAUUACAAGAUGUGGUCCUACUUGGCCACACCUCUCUUCUCGAUGUGAAGGAGAGCUAACAACUGCCUAAUUGUUUAAAAGGAAACUUAUAGUGGUAUUGUUCUUGA